CUGAAUUAAAAAAUAUGGAAUCAAAUGUCAAAAAGGUUGUCAUGGGGAAUUACGAAAAUAAUUUUAUUUGAUCAUUUCUUUAAAAGUAUGCUGCUUUAGGCGGUCCACAGUAAGUGAUAUGCAUUAGAAUCACCCUAAAAGCUAAGUCUCAUUCAUCUUCAUCCAAUAUUUUCGAGUUUCUUUCUUGUCAGUAACAAUGGACAACUCAAUACAAACACUGGAGGCUGCCGCACAGAUGUUGAUGGCUCCACCUAAUUUGGUGUCAUCGGAACAACGGCACCAAGCCGAGAGUGUCUUUAUGGAGUUCCGAAGCACGAAGAAUCCAUACCAACUAUGUCGAGAGAUACUGGAGAAAUCAUCCUCUGACUAUGUGCUGUUUGAGGCUGCUGGGCUACUGAAGACUGCUCUCAUUAGAGAGUGGAGCCUCCUGACUGAAAGUGACAUUUCCUCACUAAGGGAAUACUUGCUGAAUUAUCUCAUGAGGAAAGAGACACCACCAUUUCUACGAGAGAAACUCUUACAAACUAUUGCCAUCAUCAUCAAACGAGGCAGCAUAGAUGAUGGGGGGAGGGAAAGAAAGGCUUUGCUUGGUGAAUUAGAAAAAAUAAUCAUUAGUUCUCCAAUAGGUCAGCAGAAGCUGGCAUGCUCCUUGAUCCUGGCCAUCAUGCAAGAGUAUGCCAUCACUGUGAAAUCUGCUGAUGUGGGCCUUAUAUGGGAAAUACAUUUCAGACUGAAGAAGUCAUUUGAAGCAAUGGACCUGAAAAGGAUUUUUAGGUUCACUGUUGGAGUCCUAGAGCAGAUUGUAAGAUCUGGCCACCGCCCUGAGGGUGAACAAGCCUUGCUUACAAAACAACUGUUAACUAUUGUUGAGACAGUGCUGUGUUGGGGCCAGGUCUCCCCACUGUUGCCGAAAAGACUGAUUGGUGUUUUUGAGGCAGUCUACGAGAGUGACACAGCCCCAGCUUUAAGGCUGAGUUUGAAUUGGAGAGACACAAUUUUGCAGCCAGAGGUCAUUGCCCUGUUCUUUGACAUUCACAUGUAUGUCAGAUCCAACCCUGACCUUGCUAACCCGUCUCUAACAUGUCUGGUGCAACUGGCUAGCUUGAGCGGCAUUGUGGUGUCUGACGCCAACUUGAAAAAGCAAUAUCUAGAGAAUUACGUAAAUAGCUUCCUGAACAUGAUGAGCAACAUUCAGCCAUUUGACAGAGAGAUGCUUGGGAUAUCUGAUAUUUACCGGAGACUCAUACAGUUCUUCUCCCCAUCCAUGGUGGCGGCACUGCCUCCAGCAUUUCUGCAGAACUUAACUUCAUUGACGUGUCAUUGUAUCAGAGGAUCUGUGAUUGAAGAAGUGGCUAAUGACGACACAGUAUGGAGAGAGUCCCUGAACAAAUUCCUGCACACAUGGAGCUCGCUGGUUCACGACACUGAGGGCUACUCUACUGAGGCGCUCCAGAACCCCUGCAUAGAGGUCUUCAACACCUACCUGCAGAGCAGAUUGGCACCACCUGAUGGGACUAGGGGCACAGAGAACAGCGAAGCUUCCUGCGACGACAUAAAGGACGACAUAGAAGAGGAUGAACGCAAGCAGCACAGCAAUGUGUUGCUGACUAUAGGCGCGGUGGCGAGGAAGGCGCCGGCGCACUGCUGUCAUGUGCUGUUCACUCUGCUGCAGGAUCGGAGCAAGAGGUUGGAGUCGCAGCUACAAUUGAUGCACAUGGGCAAGUUGCCAGUGAGCGGCGGAGAACAAUUAGUCAGCCUCUUCGAAGACUUGCACUGGAUUCUCAUGAUUACCGGCCACUUCAUAGCGAUAGACUGCACGGAGGGCGAGACGGUGAUGAUCCCUCCGGAGAUCAUCCACUACAGUCUCGUAGAGAACUGCAGCAUCGACGCGUCACUCAAGUAUCUGGUGGGCGAGACCACUUCGACGGAGAAUGUCGAUCCCAUCAUCAAGAUACUAGGCGAGAUUCUCCGAGUAAGCGCUUGGGAGUGCGCCGCGCUAGAAGCGGGCCUGAGCUCGGUGUUCAGCCCGGAAUUGUCGGCGACCAUGUCGUGGCUGCUGAAGAUCUGGGCCAACUCGUACCUGAUGCUGCAGCCGAACUUGUACUCUGAGAUGUCAGCAGUGCUCGAGUGUGCCUGGGGCCGGCAGUCCAUGGGCGUGGCGUGGGGCGUGUCCCGCCUCGUGGCGCGCGCCGGCUCGUGCCUGCGCCAUCUGAGCGCACAGCCCGCCGCCGCCACACAAGCCAUGCAGUUAUUGACUACUCUAGCUUCUAUACAGUGCAAACAAAACCCCAUAGCGAGUUGCGAAGAGUUCCUGGCUCUGGUGGCGUGGGAGGCGGCGGGGAGCAACCUGCCCGGCGAACAGAGGAAAGAGCUGCAUAGAGCCUUCGCUAUAGCCGCUACAUAUGCUGAGGGCGAUGUGCGCAACCGACUUAUCCAGGGUACCGUGGCGUUGAAGGAGAAACUGAUGAACAUCAUCAACAUGGACUCCGACACGGAACCCGUCAGGAAUAUGCUGGCUGACACGUUGGACUGCUUUAUAGGAGUCACUGAAGGUGUUCACGAGGUGGGCACAAUGGACGAGCAGCUAGCCAUCCUACUCUCAGUACUCCAAUGUGUGCCGCGCAUAGUGUACCGCUACCACAACUACAGCGGCGUCGUGCUGCCGGCGCUCGCACUGCUGGCCAAGAACGCCAAGAGGAUGCUGCACUCCACCCUGCACACCAACAAGACCGAAUACCUCGAAGUUUGCAACACAACAUUUGAAGUGUACGUGAGAUGGAACUCCGGCAAAAUAUCCAGCAUCCCACAAGACGCGGAAGAGGAAGCUUAUGAGGACAUAUGCGCCCUAAUGGAGGUAAUCUGCAGCAUCGCCCGCUGCGGCGUCGACGCUCAGGCCGGCGGGAGUUGCGCCACCGGAGUGAGGCUGGUGCUGCCCCUCAUCACCACACAGUUACUGGCACUGCCGAGACUGGCGCAUAUAGCUUACCGGAUGCUGAGGGACCUUGUGGCUGCUGAUCAGAUAACCAACCUCCCGAUAGAAGAUUUCAACAUGGUGGUAAACGCUCUACGCGUCGGCCUGACAGCUGUUUCCUGCGAUGUGUCUACUCUGUGUUGCGACACCAUCGUGGGCCUGUCCACCAAAGCCAGGACUCUGGGAGACGACAACCCAUACGCUAUAUCACUUCUCACAUUAGCUGAACUACUACUGAUGUUGAUAAUAAAGAUGGAAAUACCGCCGGAUUCCAUACCAGCGGCCGGUGCCGCCAUUUAUGCGCUGACUUGUGUGAAACCAGCACUUUUAGAAGGCUUAGCGCGACAAUUGAUUGAAGCUUUUGCCGUCAAUGACCCCGCUAAUGUCCCCAGACUAGAGGAAGCCUUUGGAAUACUAACUAAUGGGGUACUUUUCGACGGACUCAGACCACACAAGAUACGCUUCCAAGAUAACUUCGACAAAUUCCUGGCAAGCGUACACGGCUUUCUUAUUGUCAAGUAAUGUGUAUUCUUAUUAAUAUUAACGGUAUUGUUUGCCUGUCAGUUUAUUCUGAUAUUGUUUGGAGAGCAAUGAGUCAAAUUGAUCUGAAACGAACUGAAUGUGAACCAAAAAGAGCUAAGACUUGAACGGUUUUUCUUUGACAUUUGGAAUGUUUGAGGUUGAAUUGGUCCCUCCUAGGGCUGUGUAUUUUAUAUUUAGGUACAUAAGAGAGUAUAUCUUAGGUGCCAUGAUUGGUAGAUCGCCGCCCAUUGUUUCGGUUGCUUUUUAUUAUAAUCUUUGUGGCCUAAAUUUUUACAGGGUGCUGAGUGACUCCAAUAUUACUAUUAUCUAUCGAUCGCAAUAUAUUAUUAAUGGUUACGUUAAAUUUUAUUGAUGACAGUGAUUUUGAAAUGAGUAUGUUUAUUUCAGUUUGACAUUAAAAUUAUGUAUACCCUGGCAAAUAAGUGUAGAAUAUGGAAAUGGAAACCCAACAGUUAUUUUCUACCUUUGUUUUAGUGCAAAUAUAUUUAGAGAUCAGUAGCUUAUUUUGACAUUAUCUAAUAUCAGAGAGUGUUUGAAAAAUUGCCAAAUUCAUCCUUUUUAGUUUUUCCACCUAUUUGCCAGGCUGUAAUUUAGUAUUAAUAUUUGAAUAGCAGUCAUUUAAGAUUUAAGUUGUCCUAUUUUACGCGCUUGGUGAAUGAAAAUAUUUAUUUUCACAACGAAUAUUGGAGUGUUAUUCUAAUGGUGGUUGUGAAUGUGUAAAAUGAACAUAUGAAUCUGCGUAGUUUUACAAGAUCUUAGCUUUUAGAUUCAAAAGUACACUUAGUACUAGCUAGAAGGAAUUUAUUAUUGUGAUUCCUACUAUCUGAAUUUACUUAAAUAUUUACAAUCGAUGGGUUUCCACUCAAAAAUGUAUUGAGUAUUUUGAAAACUUAAACCUAUCAUUAAUUAGCUUUUAAAUAUUUUCUCUUUUACCUCCUGCAAAAAGAUGUUUUUCACAUUAUUAUCAAGACUUCACGAGCUAUAGCUAUUGCAACUUGUAAGUUGCCUUAUAUAAAUAAGUAAAAUUUACACUUGUAGUCAAAUCAUCAUAUUUGUCUUCUAUUUAGGUAAUGUAAUUGUACAUAAUGUACAUUUAUUAUAUUGAAUAAGACCUUGAUACCUUUUAAUUACUUAACUAAACGGUUAAGGUUUCAGAAGUUGUAUAAGGUUCACACGUUUUAAAUGUUUGCGUUUAUGUCAUAAAUAUUCUUGUUCCUGUUUUAAAAAUAAAUAAAUUAUGAUUUAAUCUAUAAGUUACUAUCUGUUAUUAAUUAUUAAGUAGACUUUUUUUACACAUCGCAUUUAUUUGUUCACACAUAAAAUUGGUUUAUGUUAGUAUUUUUUUACUUGCUGGUUUUACUUUUAUACACAAAAAACGUCCUGUUUUAUACAGCUAAUCUUCAUAUUGUAGUCAUGGUCGUAAUUAUUAACUUACAUAUUAAUACUUAAACCACCCUUAAAUGAAUGCCCGUUGCAAUUUUGUAAAUACUCAGCCAAUCUCAAAGCUAAUCGUACGAUAUUGUAUGUACAUGUGAAUGCAUACCUACUUCCUCUUUUCAAAUAAUUAUACUGUACAGUUUUCA